AUGUUGGGCCAUACCAGCCUUCCCAUUAUAGACACCCUCAUCACCAUCCUAGCAAUCACCACGGCGUCCAUCACCACCUCGGUGUACACCACCUCCAACAACUCGUCCCGCUUGCUCAUCUAUCUCAUCAGUGGAUAUGUGUGCUCAAUAACAACCAUCAUCAAGUUGGUGACAUACCUUAGACGUCCGUACACAAUACCCAUCGUCCUCCAAUUCUUGGGCAGUGCCUACCACAUAGGAUAUGGAAUCCUUCUCAUAGUAUCGAUGAUCACUCAAGACGUGUCUACCGACUCCAAUAUACCCCACUGGGAGAUCAUAGUGCCGACAUUUUUCGUGAUCACAGUCUUCUUCAUUGCAUUGUCGUGUGGAUUGUCUUCAAUCCAGUACAUCUACUCCAUAGAAGACCAUCAUUCUUCUGAUCUUGAAUCAGUUUCGACCGAAAAGUCCCCGGUGGAGUUUUCCCCUCACCAAGACCAAGUACCCUCUCUGUUUACCAUGGGCAAGAAAGUAUCUGACGUUACGCUUAUAGAGUCGAAAAUGGAACAUAAACCUGGUUUGAUCAGAGACAUAGACCAAGAGCCUUCAGAGUUGGCCUUUUACAUCAAAACAUCUAUCGAGAAUCCUGAUCAUGAUCAGCAAUAUCUAGCAUAUACCAACAACAAUUGGAUGGACUCUACGGGCCAGUUGGACUCAUUGAAAGCAUAUGAAGACAUCAGCUCGAAGAGCUCCUACUCAGACUUUUCGAGGGCAAGAAGAGGCAGUCUUGCACCAGGCAACGCUUCUUUCAAAUUAUUUGGAAAUACCCGAUCCAACUUGAGCAUAGGAACCGGAGCUAUUGUCCAGAAAGACGAGCCCAGAAGAAGUUUCACCAAUUAUAGAGACAGUACAGAAGGGAGAAGAAACAGCUACGCCCCUAAAGAGGGUGAUUUCAAGACCAUCAAAUCGUUCAAGAGUGUCCCAACUUUUAGGAAUUCCAAGUAUGACUCCCAUUUUGUCGAGCAGGAAUCGUCACUUGGAGUUGGACUAGGAAUGCCUCAAUCUAAAUCCAAGAAUUCGCUCUUGACGGUCAUUACCGACGAAUCAAGUGAAUCCCCCGUAAAGAGAUCUAAAUCCACGAGUUUUAUUGGCAAAAAGACGCAAAGAAAAGAACAAAGAUGGAAGUCGAUUCACGAUGAAAGAAUCUUUUUAUCAAACGUCGACGAGAGCCUCUUGCCUCCUGUGUUGAAGAAGGGAGAAAGUCCUAUCAUGCAGAUAAAGAGGCAGCAGGAGUUAUUUGAGAUCCAAGCUCAAGGGACAGAUGUACACCAUGAAAGAGUAGCAACUGAGGCAGAAAUGUCGAGCCAGGAAGAAGUCAAAGCACCCGCAUUUUGCAAACAGACCCAGCUUCAGUCACCCCAACAACCAUUCACGUUCUCUCAUUUGAGUCCAGUCGGAGAGGUCGAGCCAGCCACACCAGAUGACGAAAACCUUCCUCAUAUCAAUGAGUUUGGUGAGCCUGUCGAAGCCGUAAAUUUCCACGGAUUUGACCAGGACUAUGUGCUUAGUCUCCCCAAGGCCCGCAAUAAGGGUAAAUACUACUUUGGACCUGCUGUCGACCAGCAAGGACCUCUUGUUAGCCGCAACAACCACGAGCCUGAUACAAGCGACCAACAUGAAGACCCCCUGGAACUUCUUGCCGGGUUGGAGAAGAUUCCCAACCCCACCCGUAACGUCAGUUGGUUCAAGGAGGAACACAGUGGACUCAACAACAUUUCCUUGAAGGAGUGGGACGAUAACAUCCACCUCUAUCACCAAGCACGGACCCGUUCGGGAGUCAAUCUCAACAUCCCUGGAAUCACUCGUUUGGUGAGCGACCAUAACUUGAACCCCAACACUGCAGAUCCUAAUUCCUCGUUUCUCUUACCACCGCUAGAGAAUAGAACCGACGACCUCGACAACAUCGACAGUUUGAGCGAAGCAUUUGCCCCCGCCUCGACGCGUUCCUUCAGUGCUCCAUCCUUGCACACAUUCCGUAACCUCAGCGGCAACUAUGAGGACGACAAAGAGUCGGAGCAAGCAUUGCCAGACCCCACGCCACCAGUUCACCUCGAGGCUGCCAGGCUCACCCUGUUCAGGACUCCACCAGACACUGCUACUGCCACUGCCAGCUCGUCGCCCAUCAAGAAGCUCUUAGAGAGCCCCAAGAGACUAGGCAGUGUGUUCCGCAAAAAGUCGGGCCAGCGCCGCAGCAUGGACGACUACGCCGAGCGCAACCACAAACACACUUCGUCAAUGAUCUCCAACCAGUUGUCGAUAGCAUCACUAGUGUCGUCGCGGUCGGGGCUGCCUAAAAAGUCUCUCAAGUCGUACUUGACCAUCCGUUCGCACAAGCAUUCGGAAUCUAUGGCAUCGGUUCAGAUCACCAAGCCUGUGGUGGCGUACGACACUGAGGCGAUUGACUUCUGGGACUUGGAUACCAACCAGAGCAGCGACAAGUCGCGGGUCAGCUCCAUUCCCAGUGUGGUGAUUGGAGAGUACGACCGCGAGAAGUGGCGUACGCUUAAGGCACUUGCAGAGGCAGGGCCAGUGGCUUCAAAGAGAGAUCAACUUCCCGAAUCCCUGAGUAUACUUGGGUAA